CAGCGCACCGGGCUGAGGAGGCGGCUAAUGAGAGCAGCAGACAGUCCAACAAACGCACGAAGCGUCUCAGAGCCGGAGACAGCAUGAAGACAAACCGCAGGCUGAGGAGGAAAGAUUCACCUGCAGACGACUGAGUGAGGCGGCAGGAUGGCGGGGGGUCGGAGGGGACUUGUGGCCCCUCAGAAUACUUUUCUGGAGAAUAUUGUGAGACGGUCGAACGAUACCAACUUUGUCCUGGGAAACGCCCAGAUAGUGGACUGGCCCAUCGUCUACAGCAACGAUGGUUUCUGCAAGCUGUCUGGUUACCACAGAGCCGAGGUGAUGCAGAAAAGCAGCACCUGCAGCUUCAUGUAUGGGGAGCUCACAGACAAGGACACGACGGAGAAAGUGCGGCUAACGUUCGAGAAUUAUGAGAUGAACUCGUUUGAAAUACUGAUGUACAAGAAGAACAGGACGCCUGUUUGGUUUUUUGUGAAGAUUGCUCCCAUUCGAAACGAACAGGAGAAAGUGGUCCUGUUUCUGUGCACGUUCAGCGACAUCACAGCGUUUAAACAGCCCAUCGAAGACGAUUCUUCCAAAGGCUGGGGAAAGUUUGCUCGACUGACUCGAGCUCUAACAAGCAGCAGAGGAGUCUUGCAGCAGCUGCAGCCCACAGUUCACAAAGGAGAGAAUGUCCACAAGCACUCCCGGCUGGCUGAGGUUCUGCAGCUCGGCUCAGAUAUCCUACCUCAGUACAAGCAGGAGACCCCCAAAACCCCUCCUCACAUCAUCCUGCACUACUGCCUCUUCAAGACGACGUGGGACUGGGUCAUCCUCAUCCUCACCUUCUACACGGCCAUCAUGGUCCCCUACAACGUCUCCUUCAAGACCAAGCAGAACAAUGUGCAGUGGCUGGUGGUCGACAGCAUCGUGGACGUCAUCUUCUUGGUGGACAUCGUUCUCAACUUCCACACCACGUUCGUCGGACCCGCCGGCGAGGUCAUCUCAGACCCCAAGCUGAUCCGAAUGAACUACCUGAAGACCUGGUUUGUCAUCGACCUGCUGUCCUGCCUGCCGUACGACGUCAUCAACGCGUUCGAGAACGUAGACGAGAAUUGGAACCACCGAGCUGUCACUCAAGGGAUCAGCAGUCUGUUCAGCUCUCUUAAGGUGGUCCGACUCCUCCGUCUGGGUCGGGUCGCCCGUAAACUGGAUCAUUACAUCGAGUACGGGGCGGCCGUCCUGGUGCUGCUGGUGUGUGUUUUCGGCCUGGCUGCCCACUGGCUCGCCUGCAUUUGGUACAGUAUCGGGGAUUACGAGGUUAUCGACGAGGAAACCAACAUCGUGCGGAUGGACAGCUGGCUCUACAUCCUGGCUGAGACCGUGGGAACACCGUAUCGAUUCAACGCCACUGGCUCAGGGAAGUGGGAGGGCGGCCCGAACAAGACGUCCGUCUACAUCACCUCUCUGUACUUCACCAUGACCAGCCUGACCAGCAUCGGCUUCGGCAACAUCGCCCCCACCACGGACGGAGAGAAGAUCUUCGCCGUGGCCAUGAUGAUGAUUGGAUCUCUUCUUUACGCCACCAUCUUUGGUAACGUGACAACGAUCUUCCAGCAGAUGUACGCCAACACGAAUCGUUACCAUGAGAUGCUGAACAGCGUCCGCGACUUCCUGAAGCUCUACCAGGUGCCCAAAGGCUUGAGUGAACGAGUUAUGGACUACAUCGCCUCCACCUGGUCCAUGUCGAGGGGAAUAGACACCGAAAAGGUGUUGCAGAUUUGCCCGAAGGACAUGAGAGCAGAUAUCUGUGUUCAUCUCAACCGCAAAGUUUUUAAGGAGCACCCAGCUUUCCGUCUGGCCAGCGACGGCUGUCUGAGAGCUCUGGCGAUGGAGUUUCAGACCAUCCACUGUGCUCCCGGCGACCUGAUCUACCACGCCGGCGAGAGCGUGGACAGCCUCUGUUUCGUGGUGUCGGGGUCGCUGGAGGUCAUUCAGGAUGACGAGGUGGUGGCCAUUUUGGGUAAGGGAGACGUCUUUGGGGACGUUUUCUGGAAGGAGGUGACUCUGGCUCAGGCCUGCGCCAACGUCCGAGCUCUGACCUACUGCGACCUGCAUGUCAUCAAACGCGACGCUCUGCAGAAGGUUCUGGAGUUCUACACGGCGUUCUCCAACCACUUCUCCAGAAACCUGCUGCUCACGUACAACCUGAGAAAGAGGAUCGUCUUCCGGAAGAUCAGUGAUGUCAAACGGGAGGAAGAGGAGCGGCAGAGACGUAAAAACGAAGCCCCUCUGAACCUGCCGCCAGAUCACCCGGUGCGAAAACUCUUCCAGCGCUUCCGGCAGCAGAAGGAAGCUCGCAUGACCAAGCCAGAACUGGACGAACAAGACAUCGAAAAGGGCCCUGUCUAUGUGGAGUUCCCAAUGGCUAAUGCCGCCAUUACGACCACCAGCAUCGUCACAGUAACAGAAAGCCCAGCGACGCCCUCAUCUUCGACGCCUUCGUCUUCAACCCCUCCACACUGCAGCCCCUCGGAUAAGGCCAAGCUGCAGGUGCCGUCGCCCAUUUCUCUAGUAGGAGGUCGAGCUGCCGAGCCGGUCAAAGUGAAAGGCUGGGGCCGCUUCAAGGAGUCCAUGGCCAAAGCCGACAACUGGAACAAAGUGUCCAAAGCCGAGUCCAUGGAGACUUUACCUGAACGGACCAAGGUGCACGAGUCGCAGAUGUCUCUAAAGAAGACGGACUCGUGCGACAGCGGCAUCACCAAAAGCGACCUGCGUCUGGACAAAGUGGGCGACUUGCGGUUGACGCCUCAGGACCGCAGUCCAGCCCAACCUCCAGAGACCAGGCAUGUCUUCUACCCCAUCCCCGAGCAGACGCUGCAGGCCUCGCUGCAGGAGCUCAAGCUGGAGCUGAAGGACGACCUCAAGAGCCUGAACGCUCGCAUGUCCGGCCUGGAGGCACAGCUCAACGAAGCGCUUGAGCUCCUCAAAGCCAGGAAGUCGAGCGCCGGAUCGCCGCAGCCUCUUUUUGACAUUUCUAGACCUGCUUCACCAGAACUGGACAAAGAGGACAUCUUCUCUUGAAAGGAUGGACGAAUCGUGAGGUGAAUAGUGAACUCCUCUGGAAUCCUGUAGUAACCGGAUUACCGGGCUAGCCGAGGCCGCACUGGGCGCAUCAUUUAGAUUAGGCACGAGUGUGGUCUGGAAGAAGCACCGGCCUUCAUCGUGGCGGUUAACGAAGGCGAGUCGAGGUCGUUGCCCUGAUUUUGGCGUCAUAGCACCCAACGCUCGGCGGUUCCACAAAAACUGACAGCGAUGUUUGUACAUAUUUAUUUUUCCACGGCGCUACAAUGGAAAAAUGGUUUAAUUUUAUCCAAAAUUGGAUUCCGAGAGUCUCCUGGUAGAUGCAUCUCUGUGUGGAGGCUCCAGUGGAAGCAGCAUGACCCACUGGUUUGUCACUGAAUCAUUCGUAUGAGAUUCUCUUGCAUGUCACAUAAAGUAGACGAGCGCCUCGACGUUGCAGAUGGCUCACGUUUGAUUGAUCGAGGCCGCGCCGCGACUCGUUUGCAUUAUUUCACGGCGAUGGUGAAAAAGGGGGACGGUCUUUGCAGAUGUUGAAACUAUCUCAGAGUAAUUUCCUCAAACAGUCCUCUUAUUAUAUCAGCUGCCAGGAUCAUUAUGAAUUAUACAACAGAUAACUCUGCCCAGGCAAUCUGAUUUUCCAAACAUGUCUGAGCAGAGCUUCUAAUUUCCAUAAACCACAGAUAGAUGUGCUUGAUGAAAAAUGGAAUGGAAUGUUAACUAGCGAGCGAGUUGUCUAUCUUUCCUGAUAACUAUUUGUUAUUCUCAUAUAUGAACACUGCAGCCACAUGCAUAUAUAUCGUAUGAGAGCCAAGCAGCUUUAUCUCCACUGGUGCAUUCAGUAAUUAGGUAAUGCAGAUGGUAUUGAUUAUGAUUACGGCCCUUACUUUCUCUGAAAACUGUCAUGAACAUAGUAAGGAAUAAAAUUUGCAUAAUAUUCCUUAAAAAAUUAUUUAUGUAAAAUAAAAGAGGCUGUAACAAAGUGGACUGAGAUCACUGGAAGCUUUUAUAGUGAUGAUUUUUGCCUUUAUUGGCCCCCUAAUGUACAUUUUCACAUUUUAAAUGCUGCAUGGUUUAACACGUCUGUCAGUUUUCACAUUCACACGAGAAAAAAAAACACAUUAUCUAGACACAAAAAGGCAAAGAUCAUCGGCAUAUACCUUCAAGCUGAGUGUCUGAAAUGUAGAACACCUAUAGACAUGUUUUUAAUGGGCAUUUUGAAGUAUCACCUUCGAAAAGAUUGGUCGAAAUGGCAAAAUUUGGGAGACCUUUUCCGAAUGAGAAUCAGAGAAUUAGAAUCAUUAUUUCAUCGUCUUCACCUCCUGAAUGCAUGAAACGUGGCUGAUACGAGCUGACAGAAUUCCAAAAAACUCCUCUGAGUCCAGAUUGCCUGGUUUUGUUUCUUUCUUUUCUUCUUUAACCCUCCUGUUGUCUUCAUUUACGAGCACCAAAAAAUAUUGUUUCCUUGUCUGAAAAAAAUGCAAAAAUUCAGCAAAAAAAUUCCCCAAAUUUCUGAAAAUUUGCAAAACCUUCAGGAAGAAAAUUCCAAUUAUUCUUUCAAAGUCUCCCUUAAAAGUUUGAUUUUUAAAAAAUCCCCCAAAUUUGGCAAGAAAAUUCUUGUAAUUAUGUUUUUUUCCACCAAAAAUGUUCAAAGAUUUCCCAAAAAUGUAGAAAAUGUGGACAUCAGAAGUUUCACUGUGAAAAUAUUUUUUCCCCACAUUUUCAAACUUUAAAACGGGUCAAUUUUGACCGGCAGGACGACACGAGGGUUAAAAUUUUUCUUACUUGGAAAACAACGAAUUUUGUUCCAAAUUGCGAUUUUCCUUUCUUUUCUAAUGUUUAUUGCAGCCAUGCGUAACGUAGCCUAGUUUAUUUGCUCUCUAUUAGUUGUAGAAAUAAGCCCAGUGCACAUUUUCUGUUUUCUUUUAUAGUUUUUGCGACACAAAAGUUUACUUGAAAUUCACUUGACAAUUCUAUGAACUCAUUACUUUAACUUAGACCGGUACUUGGAGGGAAUAUUAACCUGCUUGUUGUAUUAAUAAAACCUAAACAAUCCUAUAAAUGCACUUCGAACUGAAAGACAUCAGCUUCUAACACACUUAAUGUUGAUGUAUAUUUUAAUAUUUACUGAAAUAUUAAUGAAUAAUACGAGGCGAGUCACAAUAGAGAAAAAAAAGAUUGAAAAAAUAAGUUGCAGAUAUUUACAUGUAAUAUAUUAAUAUAGACACAAAAUUAGCCCAUUUCUGCACAAACUGUUUCUGGGAGUCUGAUUUUCCCUGAUGUUUGCGUAUUUACAUUACUUUUUUUUUUUACAUACUUUUUUUAUUUGUUGUUUGAUAACUUGGCUAGCGGUAGCUACAAAAAGACAUCAAACAAAGUAAAAACAGUAUUUGAUGACUUAAGAAAAUCUGAUAUUAGUCGACAAACUUGUUCUAAAAGACAGAAACACAUCAGAGUUCUACAGUUUUCUGCUGCUAAUGAACAUUUUAGUGACACAAACAGAACACAGUUUGUCUGGAAUCAAACCUGCAGCUGUAAACCUUGAUACUCCACAUUUUGUUAAAGAGUCAGCGAGUUUCUUUGAAAAUUAAGCUUUUCAGCUGUGAUUUUACUACUUUUAGUUAGAAUCACAGAACCAAGAUGAUUAAUGGCUUCAACUAACGGAGGGACAAAUAAAUGCAAAGACAUAAGUGAUCUCUCUCUAUAGAAAUACAAACAUAAAUUCAUUUUUUUUUAUAUAGUUUUUUUCGAGGGAUAACAUGAAGCUACAUUUUGUAUUUUACAGUGAACCUACUACUGUCUACUUUUGGCUGUUGAAAUACACAUUUAAGAACAGAUUGAAAUGCCUGUUAUAUAUUGAAACUCUCAUUUAGAAAUGUAUGAUUUAACACAGCUCUAGCUUUGAAUAUCAGCCUGCUGUUGAAUAAAACAUACCUUUAGUUUCUGUUAACGAGGAACUCGUUUCACACGUAAACAAAUCGGCAUCAUCCACACACCAGGGGGCGCUGCAGGAAGGAGUCGCUAGUAGAAUUAGCUGUAUUGCUAUUAAUGUUAUUCUGCAUUCGUCUUAAAAUGAUUUCAACACCAGCAUCAGUCAAAGUGCGUCGAUCAAAAGUUCUUUUAUAUUACAGAAUUUUAUCUUUAAAAAGUCCUUCUGUUUUACAUUUUUACACAAAUUCAGUUUCACCAACAACAAAAUGAAUGUUAAUUUGUAGUUCUUUAAAAUGUAUUAAGGAUUGUUUCAGAUGUCACACCAACAGUUUAAAAAAACACACUAAAACUGUACGUAGAAUCCCCAAAUGUACACUUCUAUUUUAAAUUACGUUUUUAACUGACAUAAAUCUGUGUAACUGGAUGCACUGUGGUUGUAUCAGAAACAAAACUGAGAAUAGACUCCAGUGUGGGGAAGAUGUUUUUUUUCAUUUGAUUUUUUUGUGUGUGUGUAGCUGAAGCUGCGCAUUAAUUACAGAAGUCCAGAGAAAAAUAUGCAUUAAACAUCAAGUAAAGCAGAGCAAUGAGUUCAUGUAUUAAGCAAUAAUAAAGUCACAUUUAGCUGCUAAAGUAGACUUUCGUGCUAAAACAUCAGUGGAAAACAAUGAAUAAUGAAAGAAAGUUGAAUAAUAUUCAGUAAUUGUGACUCAUUUUUGCAGAUUGCAGGUAAUGAAGUCCAGAAUAAAUUGAUUGCAAUCAGCAGAAAAAGUGUAUUAAAUCACCGAGAUGUAUUUCUAAAAGAAAUAAAAGUGGUUUUUGGGUUUUUCUCUGGUAGCAGCAGCCGCUUUGCUGCAACUAUCAGUGGAAGAAUUCUCUAACAUGACAAAAAAUAACCAUUACUCUCCAUUAUUUAUUAUUCAUAUGGAUAAUUUAUGUUCCCCACAUGCCUCCUCUCUUAUCAAGACAAAAGACAAGCUGAGACGGACAUAGCUGAGGGGAAAAGACGCUGAGGUUUUUACUCCCAACACUUUCUGUAGCCUCCAUUUCCAUCAAAAAUUCAGCUUGCUAAAAAUAAAUGGGCAUGUCAUCACACAAGUGAGAGCUCAUUUGGUGUGGAGCCAGUGUUUGCGGGUCGUUAUGGGUCCGCUCUCACAAAGCAUUUUGAUCUCAGAACGGGGGGGGGGGGAAUCUCCAAAAACCAGCUCGCCGUGGCCUCUGGAUCACAGAUAAUUCAUUAAGAUGCCGCUGGAGAGUAAAGAGUUCACAAAUCAAAGGGAGGGAAAAAGAGGUCAGGCAGCAUCGGCGAGGAGUUUAGGAGACGAUCUAAAUGAUGUAAUGGCAGGCGGCCUUUGUCUAAGCGACGAAAUCAAUCCUCAAAUGUUUUCAAAGUUCAGCGUGGAGUCUCUUAGAGCUGAUAAUUCAGCUCAUGAGCCAGCACAUUCUUUCUUAUUCAAAUCAGUUGAGUAGCUGCGAUUUAACAAAAAAAAGAAGCAGUUUUUGUAAGUGAUUUAUGCUUAAUUUACCCAAAACCUUCAGUGGAGAUUAUUUUUAAUUUCUGUAACUGCAUUUUUUAACCAUUAAACAUAUAAAACAAGAAGUGCAUUUACUAAAUUUUUCAUCUGACAUGGUCUUCUGAACAGAUCCUCUCCCAGCAGCUCAGGAUGAAUCCAGAUGUUACAGUUUCCAUUAAUCAUGUAUGGACACAGAAGAGAACCGAGGGGGAAAGCAUCUUUCAAAAUUCAACCCUUUUUUGUUAUUUCCUACGAUUUUACCGUAAAAAAAAAAAAAAAAACAACAAAACAGCGACACUUAGAAAUCAAAAUAGGCUGAUCCAUUUUCUAAUGAAACUUUAAGAAACUAAAUUAAAUAAACUAAUUAAAUAACAAUAGUGUAAAAUUUAAGAGGUUGAAACAUAGAAACAGCUAUUUAUUUAUUACAUUAAUUACACAUAUUUAAUUACUUUUAAUAUAUUUAACCCUCCUGUUUUCCUCAUUUACGGGCACCAAAAAUAUUGUUUCCUUGUCUGAAAAAAAUCCCAAAAUUCUGCAAAAAAAUUCCCCAAAUUUCAGAAAAUUUGCAAAACUUUCAGGAAGAAAAUUCCAAUAAUUCCUUAAAAGUUUCCCUUAAAAGUUUUAUUUUUAAAAAAAUCCCCAAAAUUUGGCAAGAAAAUUCUUGUAAAUAUUUUCAAAAAAUGAGUAAAAAUCUUCAAAAAAAUCCUAAAAAUAUCUAAAGUGAUUACAUAUAUAUAUAUCAGUAGAACUUCUAAUAUUUUCUUUAAGAACAUUCACAAAAAAUCAACCAAAAUCCAGCAAAUUUUUUUGUGAAUGAGGAUGAUUCCACUGGAUAAAUCUGCCGUUUCAUUUCACCAAUGACAGACAUGAAUGACAGAACUGCUGAUAUUUGUAUAAAACGUUCAUUUUCAACGACACAGUCGUAACUUCAGGUUGCUUGUGUUGGUUUUAUUUCCACUGUAAAUUUACCAUUUUAUCAGUUUCUUUACAUUUUAACCACAAGAAGGACACCAGAUCUGAUUGUUUUCAUGAUAUCAGUUAAAAGAUGAAGCCUGUUCCAUGUAGAAAUCAGAUUUUGUAGCUCAAGAACUUGCAUGUGGAGGGUUACUUUCACUCCAGAAAUACUCGGUACUAAAAGCAGGGAUGCACUCAAAGAUCCCUGAAAGCAAUAUGUGCUGUAACAUUUAUAAACUAAGGUCCAACCUGACGCCACCAAGUGAAGGCGACCUUUUCUCUGUUCUUUUUCGAGUACUGCGGAACCACUUCACUACAUUAACUCUCUUGUUAUUGAAGUCAUUACCUUUGAUUGCUACUGAGAAGCAUGCAACACUGUGCCUUCGUAUAAAUUGCCCCGUCCUCCUCUUCCAGGCCUGCAGAGAGAAAAGCAGUGUCAAAUAUCCAAACUACCAUUGCCCCUUUGAAGCGACUGAUCUAUUUUUGUGGUCAGCUCCAGAGAAGCUGCCUAGUUCUAAAACCCUACUCAUAGUUCUAUAUAGAUAGAUAUAUAUGCACAAGUUAUACUGCAAUGUUUAGAUUCGUAAGAAAGAGCAAAACGUUGGUGUUCGGUUCCUGUAAUAUGCACAUGCCUCUAUGUUCACACGUCGUGAUGAGAAAUGUAACUAUUUCAAGCACAAUGGGAACUCUUUGUUAUGAAUUGUGACAUACUGUGCUAUUCAUAAUAAAUAUUUUAUACAUACUA